AUGAGCCGACAGCCACAGCCCCAGGCUGCGCGGACAGUGCGCUCCGCGUCUCUCCCGGUGUCGCCGACUUUGCCCAUGUCCCAGUAUGCGUCCCGCUCAGACUCCAAGGGUGCUUUGGACAGCAGCAGUCCCGAUGCCAACACGGAAGAUGACAAGACCGAGGAGGACAUGCCUGCGCCCAAGAGCUAUCUGUGGCUCACCAUUGUCUCGUGUUUUUGCCCAGCGUACCCAGUCAACAUCGUGGCUUUGGUCUUCUCCAUCAUGUCUCAGAACAGCUACAAUGACGGAGACUACGAAGGAGCCAGGAGGCUGGGGCGCAACGCCAAGUGGGUGGCCAUCGCCUCCAUCAUCAUCGGCCUGGUCAUCAUCGGUGUGUCAUGUGUGGUGCACUUCUCCAGGACGUAA